CAUCGCCCUCAGGUCUUCAACUGCGACGGAAGUGGCCGGUGUUCUUUGAGCGAAAGUAGCGACUGCUUCAACGGCGAUGUCGAUUUGUUGAUUACAACCUUGGUGCAUGAUUUGGGCUUUUCCAUCAGCCCAUGUCUCAAACCAACCCUGUGGAGUAUACCUGAUCAAGGAAUUACCUUGUCCUCUUUUGCGCUAACCGACUGUCGGAUACUUUUGGACGGUUCUACUGUAUCAUUUUUGUCGGGUGGUCCUCGCCCCAGGGAAGACCCAUCCGGCCCUGCUCUGUCACGUCAGUGUAGGGGUGUGGCAGAAAACUGCGCAAUCAGAAGUGGGAAAACAGGUGGUGUCGAGCCCCAUUGUGGAUCCCCAACUGGAGCAUCGGGAGGUGGCAGGCUCAGGCAGAGCAGCAUAGCAGGGCCAUGAGUGGGCAGCAGGCGGGGGCUGGGGCUGGGGCUGGUGCCGGGGCCGGCUUGCGGAGCCGUCGCGGGCGGGAGGCGGAGCGGGACCGGGAGCCGCCACUCUCAUCGCUGCACCACCACCACCACCACCACCAUUACCAUCACCAGCAGCAGUCAGCGCCUCCGCAGCAGGGCAUGGAUGCCUCGUGCUGGCUGGCCCCCAGUGCCCUGCGUCGGCUGGUGGAGCUGCCGUCUCCACCGCUCUCCCGGCACCAGCUGAAGCGUCUGGAGGAGCACCGCUACAGCAGCUCGGGCCGCUCGCUGCUGGAGCCCCUAAUGCAGCGCUACUGGGAGUGGCUGGUGUGCUGCAUGCCCGCCUGGAUCGCCCCCAACCUCAUCACCAUCGUGGGCCUGGCCACCAACGUCUUCACCACCCUGGUGCUCGUCUACUACUGCCCCACUGCCACAGAACAGGCUCCGCUAUGGGCUUAUCUGCUGUGUGCCGUGGGCCUGUUUGUUUACCAGUCACUGGAUGCCAUUGAUGGGAAGCAGGCCAGGCGCACCAACAGCAGUUCACCACUGGGGGAGCUGUUCGAUCAUGGCUGCGACUCUCUGUCCACAGUGUUCGUGGUCCUGGGCACCAGUAUCGCCGUGCAGCUGGGCACCAACCCUGACUGGAUGUUCUUCUGCUGCUUCGCGGGCAUGUUCAUGUUCUACUGUGCCCACUGGCAAACCUACGUCUCCGGUACCCUACGCUUUGGCAUAUUUGAUAUAACAGAGGCACAGAUCUGUCUAGCCCUGUUGCAGAUGCUCACGGCCAUUGUUGGCCCCAUGUUUUGGAACGUCACGAUUCCUUUAAUUAACAUUCAAAUGAAAAUAGUUCCUGCCAUAUGCACAUUUGUAGGGGUUAUCUUUUCCUGUACCAAUUACUUCCGGGUUAUAUUCACCGGGGGCGUGGGCAAAAAUGGAUCCACAAUAGCGGGAACCAGUGUCCUCUCCCCAGUCCUUCACAUAGGUUCUGUAAUAAUCUUGGCUAUGAUGAUAUAUAAAAAGUCAGCUAUUCAACUCUUUGAAAAACACCCGUGUCUUUACAUAUUGGCAUUUGGGUUUGUGUCUGCCAAGAUCACUAACAAAUUAGUGGUUGCUCAUAUGACAAAAAGUGAAAUGCACCUUCAUGAUGUUGCGUUUCUUGGCCCUGGGCUUCUGUUCUUGGACCAGUAUUUCAACAGUUUUAUUGAUGAAUACCUGGUGUUGUGGAUUGCCCUGGUUCUCUCCUUCUUUGAUCUGUUGCGUUACUGUGUCAGUGUUUGCAAUCAGAUUGCCUCCCACCUCCACAUUUUCGUCUUCAAGAUAAAACCACUGACCACUUCACCCAUCCAGUGAGAACUCUGCUUCCAGUUAUCUGAUGAUCCCCCCGCCCCCCUUUCUGUUGCUCUGUUUUCCUUCGUUAUGAUUCAGGACAGGGUAGAAUAGGCACACUUAAUGCAAAUUAAUGAAUGAUGAUGAUGAAGAAGAUUUAUUUCCCAGGAGGAAUAUGUUAGAUUGUAUAAUUUAUUUCUUCCAUCACUGUUACGUGCAAUCUGUGUUACUGAGUUGUCAUCUCCUCACGUGUAUAUCGCACACAAAAAACACACACACAAUAUUAUCUAAACACAGAUGUAAUUUCAACAUAUGUGCCCUUUAGACUUUUUUGCGCAGCAGCCUGAAUGCAAGCAAUGAUGGAAAUGUACGUUCAUAGGAAGGAUGUGGCUGAGCUAGGUGCUAAAUUUUAUUCAUUUUCUAAACGUAAUCUGCUUGUCAUUGACUGACUAGGACUAUGAAAGUGGUGUUUUAAAGCAGACACCUUCACUAUGUCGGAAUGGUUAAUGUACUAAUAGCUAUGGCAUGUCAUGUCAGCUAAACAACUGUCACAGAAUGCCACAGUCUAUGUAAUUAGCUGUUCUCAUAUCAGCGUCAUUUACUUAUAUACUCAAAAGCUGUAAAUUGAUUUUCCCCCCACUGUUGAUGAACAGAAUGUCACGUGACAGAUUUGAUUCUCUAUCUCUCAAGUUGAUUUUUUUUAAUACCUGGUAGCAUCUGUUUACUUUGUGAAUUUCAAUUCACUUCAUAAAUGUUACUUUCCAAAUUCAUUUUCAAAGCUGUUGUAAGGCACCUACAUAUACCGUUCCUGCAUGGAUUUGUUUUUUUGUAUUUUGGUUUUCAAAUGCUGUACGUGUAGU